AUGGAUGCCGCCAGUACAGCGCUCGAAGCCUCCUCUUCAUCCUCACCAUCCAAUUCCUCAAAACAGUGGAAAUACGACGUGUUCUUGAGCUUUAGAGAUGAAGACACAAGCAAGAACUUCACGGACCACCCCUAUUGUACAUUAAUAGACAACAGGGUCAACGCCUAUAUUGAUGAGAAAGAACUACCAAGAGGCGAAAAUAUAUCAGGAGAACUAAAGCAAGCAAUCGAACAGUCUAGGAUCUCUGUCAUCGUCUUCUCAAACAGGAACCAAACUGGUAGUUUUGCAGAAGCAUUUCAAAGACAUGAAUCGAACUUCCCUGAAGAUAAAGAUAAGAUAGAGAGGUGGAGAUCUGCUUUGUCUGAAGCUGCAAAUUUGGCUGGCGGGAACCUUAACAACAAUAAUGGGUAA